GUGUAUCCGGGAACGUUAGCUAUGGAAGGCUUCCUUCGUUCGAUAAUCGAGUCCCCUGAGAAACUGCCGCUUCUCGAAUACAAUGAGGACACUGAUAAUGUUGCAGUGGAUGAGUUUAAUCCGGAACAGUUCAAACUCUAUGAAAAUCUGGAUCUUUUCAAUAUGCUCAAUGAGGACGAAGCAAAGGAAUGCAACAUAUCAGAUGAUGAUGAUCAUGACAGUGACUACAUUGAUCCUUUUGAUUCUGGUUUGAGGCAGAAGCCUAAGAAACGUAAAGGAAAUAAGAAAUGGUCACGUCCUUCAAAGUUCAAACGUACAAAUCGCAGUUGUGGUGAGUGCAAGGCUUGUCGUCGAACAGAUGAUUGUAUGAUAUGCAAGUAUUGCGUGGAUAUGAGAAAGUAUGGAGGGACUGGAGCAAAGAGACAGAAAUGUUUGUUGCGGCAGUGUGAAGAAUUGUCUCCGCAUGCUCUAUUACAUAAAUAUGAUUUGGAGAUGGCUGUUGCCAGUGUAGCAUCCGAGGCUCAUCCUGCAGUAAAAGAUCUAUGGGACGUCAUCUACAUGGACCAUUCCUACUCCAUACGACCAACUAAUGUUAUACCUCCUGAAAUCAGCAGCUAUGUUGAGACACAGCAAACGUCGUCAUCACAGAAGAGAAAGAAAGCGGGUGCAUCCAAAAGCAAGAGUCACACAUCAACACGUAGCAAGAAGGCAAAGCCAAAGAAGGAGAACGAAGACAAGUCAUCAUCAUUCAGUUAUUAUGACAUGUGUCUACCGAGGAGGACACGGCGACAGCAGGACAUGUAUGCUCAGUUGUUUCACGAGCAUGUGACAGAGAUGCAGUGCCUUGGGCCGAGUUGUGUGUACGCUGCUAGACCUGGGUCGAAGUACUGCUCAGAUGAGUGUGGAAUAGAGUUGGCAAAACUGAGGUUGACAACAUUUCUACCUGACAGAGUUAAUGAGUGGAAUGCAACUCCAUGUGCAGCCACUCAAUCAGAUGAAAUUAGACUGGAACAACUAGCCAAGACACAAGAAGAACUUCACGAAAAGUUGAACUUGCUUGACGUUCAGAAGAAAGAACUGGAGGAAGUUAUUCAUAGAGCACGAAAAGUGAUGGUUGUUGAUGAACCUGAAAUUGAUGCUGAAGCAGAAGCUGAUCUCGACCUCCAAGUUCAUUGCAUUACAUGUGGCCAUGCAGUCGGUUUCAAGAAAGCUCUUGUUCACAUGGAACGCUGCUAUGCAAAGGUCGAAAGUCUCAUCACAUUCGGCUCUUCAUACAAAACAAGAUGUGAAGGGGAAAGUAUCUUCUGCGAGUAUUUCAGUCGUAAGCAAAAGACGUAUUGCAAAAGACUGAGAGUUCUUUGCCCUGAACAUCAGAAGGAACCCAAGGUUGGUCCGGACGAAGCGUGUGGGUGUCCUCUGUCAGACAACAUUCUAGCAAAGCAUGAUGAUAUGGACAUGUGUCAUUUGCCUAAACGGACGUGUCCGAAUCAUGUGGGGUGGGAGCGACUGAGGAGAGCUCAGAUUGACUUGAACAGACUUCAGUUGGAAGUUAUUUUUACGGCUAGCGACUAAUUGGUUUGGUGUGGAAUGGCUACAAGUUAGUCAAUAGAGAACAGUGGCUAAAACUGGAGGAGUGUCAAGAGAAAGAGCAGCUCAUUCGACACCAGAUGGCUCACCGCGGCGGCGCUCUAGGACUCUUACUUAACAGGACUAUUUGUCACUAGACACGUGUACAGUAAGCAACGUUUUGGGAUUAUGAUGUAAGACACCUAAAGCUGUGUCAACCGCCCGACCCGCCGCCCACGUGACAGAAAUUGAGAAUUCGUGCGAUAGCCGUAUGACGUGCGGCUUGAGUAUCGCGCAAUCUCUCCGAUUUCUUUCUUUCUCGCCAUCCUGCUUACGUUUGCGGUUUCCGCGUGCGAUGAUGAUUAUGUUGAGUCAUGUCGCAA